AUAUUGUUUACUAUAUGAAGAUUGCUAACGAAAAAUGCAGGGUGUUUUUCCGGGAACGAAGUCUAGACUCAUUCGAUGAUCGCCAGAAUUUGCUGGUCCUUCCCGUCAUCAAACUCAAUUAUGUGUUUCUCGCUAGUGGAGCUACGAAUGCACGUAGGAAGCUAAAUUAAAUACGGUCAAAAUAAUGACGGCAGCGGCACCGGCGCAGCGCAUCGAGUCUUCGCAAGAUGACUCUGACGCCAUGUUGCGUGCUGGUCGUGUCCGUGUCCCAAUCAAUUCAACCGAGGAUGAAGCCAGCAGCUUCUUGAAAGCCGUGAAGGAGAUGGAUCCGCUACAAGUAACAAAGCUCAGCAAAAGAGCCCCAUCGACGAUGACCGGUGACUGCGGCUCGUUUCAGGUUGAGUUUUUGACGAUCAAAAACAACGUCCGCUGGACCGUGGUUCUCGGACACAAGGACCACGAUGAAACGAGUGCUGGAAAUCAGGCUUCGGGCGCGGCCGAUGUUGAAGCAGCAGCAACAAGAGACGCAGGACAGCACCUCCAGGAGGAAUCAACCGCUGUGCAGACCAUCGAGGGCGGCGGGGUUGCUGGGGAGCGGAUUUCACCCGAGUGUCGGUUUUUUUUCGAACAGGGAAAUUUGUCAUGGCUGAAGCCGAAGAGCAAAAGCGGGGACGAGGACAACCACAAAACGGACGGCCGCAACACGACCACCUCGUCGUACUACGAGAAAAUCAUCGAGCUGGGCUGCGGACACGGGGGCUUGGCCGCCUGGGCCGCGGCGGUUUUGAAAACCGACAAUAGAACUAAAGAGAAUGUGCAGAAGAAAAGGGGACGUGAAAAGCAUCGUGAUGGGAACAACGAUGUAGAUGAGACCGAGUCCGAUGCAAAUGAGGUUGAGGACGAGCAGCUGCCCAAGAACAUCAACACUAGCGCCGAGAUGAAAACUUCUACACUAAAAACCACCGUCAUAGCCACGGACCUGGCCGAGUUCCUGUCCCGUGCGGAAGCGACGAGGGACGCGAAUGAGAAUUCAACGCUGUUUGGUCCAGAACCUGAUGCAGAAGUGGACUUCGAGACGCGCCCUUUAGCAUUUGGGUCCAUAGACGACAUCCGGGCAAUUGUGUGCAGUGGGGUCGUCUCAAAAAUAGAAGAAAUUCCACCUGUAGAAGACGCAGAAGAAGGCGAGGACGACGAGGAAAAGCUACGGAGUGCAAUAUCAAUUCCAAGAACUUCUACGCGACCAUCGACCCGGCAGCAGCAACCGAUGCUCCUCCUCGGUGCCGGAAUCACCUACUGGGAAUGCCUUUUCGCCCCUCUAGCGGAAACGAUGGAGCAGUUUUUCGCUUUGCGCCACCACGAAGAAGACACCGCCCUGAUCAGCUACUUCCGGCGCAACUGGAGUGGCUGCGAGAAGCGGUUUUGGACCAAGAUUCUGCCCCGGGUGUGCGACGUGGAAAUUUUGACCCAAGGGAAAUUGGUAGGAGAAAAGGACGCCAGGAUCUUUGCGCCGCUUUGUACCAGAGGCGAAUUUGAGGGCGAGGACGACUGGAAUGUGCGGAUUUAUCGGCUGCGACGGAAAGCACAAGCAGGGAAGCAGCCGAAUAAGCAUGAUUGUUAUGGGGUUAAAUUAUCCGGCGAACGCGAAGAACAUGAGGCAAGAUCUGGCAAGAAGAACUACGGGAUGAAGGACAAAAUAAAUGUGUUGACAAACGAGGAGAAACGCAAGGCCGCAGCACUCGCCGCAAAAAUUGCGAAGGAGCAAGCAAAAAUGGGUAAAAAAGAUGGUUGUACUACAGGUAUCUCAACUGUGCUUGUGGAUCUCAACGUUGAGACCUCACAGCUCAACGUUGAGAAAUAUAUCUCAACGACCAGCAGUGGUUUAGGGUUUCGGGUUUAGGAUUUGGGGUUUAGGUCGUCGGGCAGGGCAGCCGCCGCCGGCCGGCCGGCCGGCCGGCGGCGGCUGCCCUGCCCGACGACUCUCUGGUCGCUCUCCUGCGAUCUUCAUUGUUGCCCGGCCCGUUUUGCGCGCCCCGUUGGCUUGUGUGCAUUGUGUCUCACUAUGCGCGCAGCCUCUGUGCGUUUUUCUAACUAUCUAUGAGCCCGCUCGCCGGCAUUCGUGUUGGCGGGACCUCUGAGAGGUUUGUGGCCCGGGCUUGAUGCGCACCUUCACGCCACGGAGUUCUUCUGUGCGCAGACCGUUGAGACCAGUCGUUGAGCUCUUCGCGAAUCCGUUGAGGCGUCUCAAAGCGUUGGGGCGCAACCGUUGAGAUUCACUCGUUGAGAUUCCUGUAUAACAACCAAAAAAGAUGGUUCUACUUCCGCUGCUGCUGACUGUGGGGGUGGUGGCGGGGGAAAGAAGAAAAAAGACAAGAAGAAGUGACGACUAAGUAUUUUCAAUAAAGACGACAUCGAAUUUUCCAAUCUUGUCCUUGUUCCCCAUUCGUAUUAUCCGGGAUAUAACUACUUUUCUCAAACCCCGCCCUAUAGCGCAUUCGGAAUGGCACACUAUGUAUGAACAAGCGACAGAAACGAACGACAAUCUCAGCACUCGAAUCCAGAGGUACGGACGAAAUGUCGGCCACCACGAGGCCGAGGCAAGCGUCUCUUGUUUAUCGAGAGGCUUCGGCGCCACAGGUGUUCUACCCCUUCGCAAAUACCUUCCUUUCGCUCUCAAUCGGAAAAAA